AGAACCCCAGGUUCCUCCAACCUCCUCCUCCACCGCUGUAUACUGCCGCGGAUAUCGCUGUCAGUUGCAACAGGGCCUUAGCGGAGAGCAUAGGGAACAACCCAAGGCUCUGCUUCCCUCUGCGCCCUCUUCUGCGCUUCUUUGACAGGCCACACUGCACAUAAGGGACAAUCAUCGACAACGACGUUCAUCUUAAGUCACCCCAGAGGACAAUCUUACUUUCUGAAAGCUUGAAACGGCUACCAGAGAAAACGAACUUUUCUGACAUUAUCAAUUGUCGCUUCUCAUAGAAAACGAGGCGAGUAUGGCCCAUUAAGAGGAGGCGCAGCGGAGGGGCUAAGUGAAAACACUUACUACAAAAAGUUGCUUCUCCAUUUCUUCCAGUUUCGUUUGCGCUAGAGCUAAGCUACGUUUAUCAGUGCUGUGCAAUCAAGAUGGCUGGAGAUUUUGCAUUGCACUAGGGUCACUGUUUGGUGAUAAACGGGAUUUUUCGUGGAUUUUUUCAGUGCUAGCGGUUCUGACCUGGACUGACCUCCCGUGACCUGUAAAGAAAACAAAAUGGCCAACAGAGAGAUCAACAUCCGGAUCCCUAUCCCAAAUCUCAACGCCAUCUGUUGCUGGUCGGCGGAAAAGACAGAAUUCAUGGCGGCCAUACGGAAAAAAUUAGUCAUUGUAGGGGAUGGAGCUUGCGGAAAAACUUGUCUCCUCAUAGUUUUCUCCAAAGAUCAGUUUCCUGAAGUUUAUGUUCCAACUGUAUUUGAAAAUUAUGUAGCUGACAUUGAAGUUGAUGGUAAACAAGUUGAACUAGCGCUAUGGGAUACAGCAGGACAAGAAGACUAUGAUAGACUAAGGCCCCUAUCCUAUCCUGACACUGAUGUUAUUUUGAUGUGCUUUUCGAUUGAUUCCCCUGACUCUUUAGAAAAUAUUCCAGAAAAAUGGACUCCUGAGGUUAAACACUUUUGUCCUAAUGUCCCCAUUAUCCUCGUAGGAAACAAGAAGGAUCUGCGAAAUGAUGCCACUACAAUCAAGGAACUUCAGAAGAUGAAACAAGAGCCUGUCACUGAAGAAGGUCGUAAUAUGGCGGAAAAGAUCAAUGCAUUUGCCUAUCUUGAGUGCUCGGCGAAAACUAAAGAAGGUGUUAGGGAAUAUUUUGAAACUGCUACAAAGGCUGCUUUAGGCUGUUAAGAAGAAGAAGAAGCGACCUUGCACGCUUC